CUUUGAGCGCAUUUCAGAUGAAAUUAUUCUCCAAAUCUUUCAUUUUCUACCUCGUCACAUGUUGAAUAAGUGUGCAUUAGUCUGCAGGAGAUGGGCACGUAUAGUCUGUGAUAGAUCCUUGUGGAAGAGGCUGAAUCUAGGAAAUCGUCUCAUCAAAGAAGGGGUGUUGAAAAUUUUACUGGAGAGAGGGGUUGAAGUUCUGAGACUAACUAGGACAGAGAUACUUGGGAAUUUCUCUAGCACAGUGCAUGGGACACCAGAUCCGAGUCGAUCUCCCCUUUCAGAAGACAGAAUGUACCAGCUGCGUCUGCUGGACAUGAGCAUGGCCAAUGUAAGGACAAGCCUUCUGGAGUCCAUGCUCCAGUUCUGCCCUAAACUGUGCAAGAUAAGUCUGGAGAACAUUCCGGUCUCUGAGCAGCUGCUUCUAAACCUGGCAUUCAGCAGCCCUAACCUGGAGACGCUCAACCUGUGUAUGUGCGAAGGGGUAACCUCCAAAGGUCUUGGCUAUAUAUUUGAGAACUGUACUAGUCUAAUUCAUUUGAACAUAGCAUGGACAUGCAUGUCUCAGGAUGAUCUCAAGUCUGUGAUUAAAGUCUUGCCCCGCCAGCUGCUGAGUCUUGACAUCAGUGGCAAUAGAGAGAAGAUUAGCAACAAAGAUGUGGCAGCAUUGUGUGUCAGAUGCCCAUGUCUUCAAGAACUGGACCUCAGCGACUCAACAGAAAUCAGCGGUAUUGCCACGGAUCACAUUGGAAGCAAGCUGAAGGAGCUUCACAAAGUUUCACUCAGUCGGUGUUACAACAUCAGUCAUUCCGCUUUCUUGAAUCUCAUAGAGCUUCCAAAACUGAAGGUGGUGAACGUGUUUGGCUUGCUGCGAAAUUCAUCCUUGAACUCAUUGGAACACUAUUUGACGAAAUUCAAGGUCAAUGAGAAUCCAUUCUCCUCUGUUGCCCGCCCAUCGCCCUGCAACAGUCCAAAGGGUUUUAUCUGGAAUGUCUCAUCAAACAGCGAUUUAAUUUUGUAG